AUGGUGGCAGAUCGUGGAGGUAAUCACAUAAUUAGUAGGUUUAAUGGAGAAGAUGGGGAGCAAUGCGGGGUGGAGCAGCUAGCCCUGCAGCAAUAUGCUGGGGAAGGAUGGGAUGUUACAUUUUCUGAUAUACCAAAUGUCUUCUGCACCAGAUUUCAGACUUGGUCUAGGUUUAGUGGCUUUAGAGUUUGCUCAGUAGCAAUGCUUUCUCGAUCGAUGAUACAAGUUUAUGAGUUCAAUGACAAGGCUGAUAUGAAGUUGAUGUCGAACGGGAAGAUAAAUAAAGAAGACUGA